GGUUCAAAGUCUCAUUCUUUUGAGCAUUUUGAGCAUUGGAUAUACGUAGAAAGAUGACAGAGAGACUGAAGACAAUAUUUGGACAUUUGGACUCUACUUCCUCUAUAUUUCAUACACCAACAUUAUCCAGUGAUUCAGUGUCUAACGUAAGACCCAAAUUCCGCUACACACAAGACAAUUCAAUCUUGUCGAAUGAACAAAGACAAUUCUAUGAAGACAAUGGAUACAUAGUUAUCAAGAAUUUGGUGUCUAAAGAGAAACUUGAUCUAUACAGGGACGAAUUUGAGAAAAUAUGCCGAAAAGAAAUUACAGUUCCUAUGUUGACCAUAAUGAGAGAUGUGGCUAUAGCCCGGUCAGAGUUUGUUCCUGGACAAAAGGCUAUUACCAAAAUCCAGAACUUUGAAAAUGAUGAUGUCUUAUUUAGCUACUGUGCUCUACCAGAGGUAGUUCAGUAUGUCCAAGCAUUUACAGGAAGGAAGGUCAUGUCGAUGCACACCAUGCUGAUCAACAAACCACCAGAUCCAGGCAAGAAGAGUUCUAGACACCCUCUGCACCAGGACCUGUAUUUCUUCCCCUUUCGGCCUGCUGACAGGGUUGUCUGCUCUUGGACAGCCAUGGAGAGAGUGAACCGGGAAAAUGGAUGUUUGGUUGUGUUACCUGGCUCUCACAAAGGGGAGCUACUCCAGCAUGACUACCCUGAAUGGGAGGGAGGUGUCAACAAACUGUACCACGGUGUCCGAGACUUUGAUCCCAAAGCUCCAAGACUACAUCUCUGUAUGGAAGCUGGAGACACUGUCUUCUUCCACCCUCUAUUGAUCCAUGGAUCAGGGAUGAACAAGACAAAAGGUUUUAGAAAGUCCAUUUCGUGCCACUAUGCCUCUGCUGAUGUUGACUUUAUUGAUGUCAAAGGCUCCAUUCAAGACAAGGUAGAAAAGGAGCUUAUCGAAACUUUUGCUAAAGUUUUGGAAUCUGGAGGAGUUGACCCUAACCAAGUGACCUUGAAGGAUGUAUGGAUGUUCAAGAGCCGGGAAGUAUCUUUGCCAGAAGAUGAAAACCCUGGAGCUACAAACUGACACCAAGGACUUCAUAAAUUUACAAAGCAUUUGAUUUCCAAAUACAUGUAUUACAGAGCUCUUAUUCAAUCUUUCAAAUUGGAAUUAGACAUACAUACAUAUUUGAUUUUUAAAUGGAAAAUAACCAGGAACUAUACCUGGUAAUCAAAAAAUUACUAUGACACAAGGAAAUGAUUGUUUCAUAUUUUGUUGAUAUUUGUUGAGAUUCAUUUACAUAUAUGUACUUAAUGAUUGUUUUUAUGGUGUAUUUUAAUGACUGAAUUGUUUAUUGAUAUUAGAUAAAAACAUUUAUUACGGGUACAGAUUAUUUUUAGAUGGGUCUGACAUUACCACAAUGUUUUAUUUACUAAAAUUAUCGCAAGCCCAAAUUGGUAAAAUGUACAGUUAAUCUUGAACAAUACUACACUGUAGAUGUAAAAUAUGUGAUCAUAUUAAAGAAGAAAUUUUUAUGACUUUAAGCAUUGACAAUUUGGAAAUUGGAAUGUGUUAAGAAAAAUCAUUAAGGACAUGAGCAUUUCUGUUUUUAUCAAAUGUUUAAUUUUGUUAUUUAUGCAUACAUUGCAUACAUUGUAUAUAUCUCUUACAAAAUAUGUAAUGUUAUCUCAUUCUUAAAUUGAGAAUCAAUCUAUAAAUUAUUAAAAUUGUUUGCAAACAUUUCCAGAAAUAUUUAUUUUUAAAGGUUUUGUUGUUGUUUUUGUUUUUUUUUUUUUACUACAUUGUAUUAUGUGGAAAUUAAUUGAAAUUUUCAUUCAUCAAAUUGGUAAUGAACUUGUCUUUCUUAUGCUUAUGAGUAAUAUUUCAAAUCAAAUAGAUGUGAGAGAAAAAAUCCAGCUGUUUGUUUAUACCAUCAUGUCCAAUGUUACACAGCCCUGGCUUGCAGAAAAGUAUAAUUGUAUGAAUAUCAUUACUGAUUUAAACUGACAAAUGAAAAAUGUUUGUAAUUUUGAAAUUAUGCACUAUAUUCCUACAUGUACAUGUCUUAUUAAAAAUGUGUAGCCGUGUGCUACAGUUGUUGAUUUUUGGUUGAUAUUUGAAAUAAUAAACCUUAUCCUUAUUUGAAAA